AGCGCGCUCCCGUCAGAGUCCCGGCCAGAGAGAGAGAGAGAGAGAGAGAGAGAGAGGAAGGAAAAGUUUGACAAAUGGAUUUCUUUACUGGAGUCAGACCUUUAUUAUUUUCAUAUGUACUCAUUAACGGCAUACUAAUAACUUUGCAAACUAAAGAAGAGGUGCUUUUGGAUAUGAAGGCAACAGGAGGUGAACUGGGCUGGCUGACCUGGCCCUUAGAUCAGGGAGAAAAAUCCGGGUGGGAGGUCACCCAGAGGACUCUGAACGGCUCUCAGUUCUACACCUACUCCGUCUGCAAUGUUGGAGAACGUGAGCAGGACAACUGGCUGCGCACCACCUUCAUCCAGCGGCGUCCGUCGGCUUCGCGGGUUUUUGUUGAACUCCAGUUCAUCGUACGGGACUGCAACUCAUUCGAUGCCACCUCACUGACCUGCAAAGAAACAUUCAACCUUUUCACAUCCGAGUCAGACGCAGACGUGGGCACCACCUUCCGCAAGGGCCAGUUUAAGAAAGUGGCCACCAUAGCGCCUGACGAGAUCACCGGCAAAAACGACCUUCGCAUCAACACCGAGACGCGAGUGGUGGAGAACCUGUCUCGGAAAGGCUUCUACUUGGCUUUUCAAGACAUCGGGGCCUGCGUGGCUCUUCUCUCCACCAGGGUCUACUACAAAACCUGCCCGGCCACGGUGAAGAGCCUUGCAUCGUUCCCCGAGACCGUGGCCGGAGGUGAGAACCAGCAGCUGAGGGAAGUGAGCGGGGCGUGCGUGGAUAACGCCAUCAGCGAGGAGCUGCCUCGCAUCUACUGCACUGUGGAUGGGGAGUGGGUGGUACCAGUUGGACAGUGCCAGUGCAAACCGGGCUAUGAGGAAGUCAAAGAGGCGUGUCAAGAAUGUCAACCUGGCUUCUUCAAAGCAGCAGCAUCCAGUGACAAGUGUGAGAUCUGUCCUGCCAACACCCAGUGGCUGGAUUCUGGGGCCUUGUUUUGCCCCUGCAUGGAUGGCUUUUACCGGGCCCCAACUGACCCCCCUACUGGACCCUGUUCAGGCCUCCCCUCUGCCCCACGAGACCUCAUAGCCACCACCACCCAGCUCUCCACAGGAAAACUCCUCCUGUCCUGGAGCCCGCCUGAAGACACCGGAGGUCGAACCGACAUCACCUACAGCGUCAAAUGCCAGCGUUGCGAGGGCCUUGUCUGCCAACUCUGCGGAGAAAAAAUCCGCUACGACCCGGCCAACACAGGCCUGACCCACACCAAGGUUUCAGUGAGCGAGUUGGAUGCACACCUCAACUACACCUUCAUCGUGGAGGCACAGAGCGGCGUGUCCAUGUUCGCAAGUCAGGCAACACCACGGUCUAAUAGACCACCAUCCACCAGCGCCCUGACUACAUCGCUGCACUACACAGACCCCCCCAGAAUUACCUCGAUGCGACUGGUUGAGAGGACCUCCGCCAGCUUGUCCCUCUCCUGGGAUAUAUCUCCCCGAACACGGGUCCAACCGCGGCCCAUCCGCUAUGAACUUACCUACCGCAAGAAGGAUGAUAACCUGGAUGUGACAACCUACAUCGUGCUCAAACUUGAGAAGAAUUUUGCGCAGAUAAGCAAUCUGGUCCCAGGCACGGCCUACCUGUUCAGGGUGCAGGCCCUCAGCCACGAUGGCAGCCCUGGAGGCUCCAGCAUUGAGGACCAAUUUGAGACCUCACCUGAAGGACGCCUCACUCAAAACAACACAGCAGUCAUCUUCGGCGGUGCGGUCGUGGGAGCGGCCGUGUUGUUCAUCGUGGUCCUGGUCCUGUUCCUACGUAGACGGAAAAGAAACUCUCACUCCAGACAAGGACCAGAGGACACCUAUUUCUCCAGCUCAGAGCAAUUGAAGCCUCUGAAAACCUACGUGGAUCCACACACAUACGAGGACCCCAACAUAGCCGUCCUCAAGUUUGCCACUGAAAUCCAUCCCAGCCACAUAACUAAACAGAAAGUCAUUGGAGCUGGGGAGUUUGGUGAGGUGUACCGUGGCAAUCUGAAGGUGCCGGGUAGGAAAGAGGUGGCAGUGGCUAUCAAGACGCUGAAGCCGGGUUACACGGAGAAGCAGAGGCAGGACUUUCUGAGCGAGGCUUCCAUCAUGGGCCAGUUCUCCCACCAGAACAUAAUUCGCUUGGAGGGGGUGGUCACCAAAUGUAAGGAUUUCUUCAAACACGCCAUGAUCGUGACUGAAUACAUGGAGAACGGAGCACUGGACAGGUACCUUAAGGACCACGAUGGCGAGUUUCCCUCCUUCCAGCUGGUGGGCAUGAUGCACGGCAUCGCUGCGGGCAUGAAGUACCUCUCUGACAUGAGCUACGUUCACCGCGACCUAGCUGCCCGCAACAUCCUCGUGAACAACAACCUGGAGUGCAAAGUGUCAGACUUCGGCCUAUCCAGGGUGCUGGAGGACGACCCUGAGGGGACGUACACCACAAGUGGAGGUAAAAUUCCAAUCCGCUGGACGGCUCCAGAGGCAAUAGCAUACAGGAAGUUCACCUCAGCCAGCGAUGUGUGGAGUUUUGGCAUCGUCAUGUGGGAAGUCAUGGCCUUUGGUGAGAGGCCAUACUGGGACAUGAGUAACCAUGAGGUGAUGAAGGCCAUCAACGAGGCUUUUAGGCUGCCGGCGCCGAUGGACUGUCCCUCAGCUGUUUAUCAGCUGAUGCUGCAGUGCUGGCUCCAGGAUCGCUCCAAGAGGCCGCGCUUUGGAGACAUCGUCAACCUGCUGGACAAGCUGCUUCGGAGCCCAGACUCCCUGAAGACCAUCGCAGAUUUUGACCCACGUAUAUCCAUCCGCCUGCCCAGCACCAGCGGCUCGGACGGUUCCCCCUUCAGGUCGGUGUCUGAGUGGCUGGAGUCCAUCAAGAUGAGUCAGUACAGUGAGAACUUCAACUGCGCUGGGGUCGUCACCAUGGACCAGGUCCUGCAGAUGAAGAACGAGGAUAUUAAAAACAUCGGCGUGAGGCUGCCUGGCCAUUUGAAAAGAAUUGCCUACAGCAUCCUGGGUUUAAAGGACCAGACCAGCACCCUGAGCGUCUUUGCAGUGUGAUCGUGACAACGAAGGGAUUUAAAAUGCGGGCUCUGAAGCAGGCAGCCCUUUGAACUCUGAGCUGAGCUGAGCUGGAGCAAAAACUGCAGGCACGGCCUUGAAUCGGCAGGACCAAGAGACAUGUGCCAUCCAUUGAGGCCGACAGAAUCAGACUGACUUGCUGUACAUUUUUGAUUUCUUCAUCUUAUCCACACGGGAAUUGAGCAAAUAUACAACAAUAGAUGUAUCAAGUAGACUCUGUAUAUUUAGAUAUCUAUUUUUUAUUAUCCAAGUCUUCUGUGCAUUUACAAUUCAUUCCUCCCACGUUUAUAUUUUUUUCUCCUCAUCUCGCAUUCCUGCUUCAAGAAAAUCAACAAUCAAGUCAUUUCUGGGAACGGCUUCAACUUCACAAAAUUGCACCCUGUUGCAUCCCGUAUCAAACAAACAAACACAGUAAGUGUGAUAGUGUGGGCGCAGUGGAGCCCAGCCCUCGCUUACGUGGAGGUUGAUGCUGACGUCGGUGGCGUCUCCCUUUUUAAAUGGCACUUUGGUCCAUUUCCUGUCCAAUGAGGAUGGAGCGUCGAGAGCUUGAGCUGGCCCAAAGUUAAAGAAACGGUCUAUAAACACAGACGGACCUGGUGCUGUAAAUGGCAUUCUGCUGGCUCUGUGCAGAAAUUAAGCUAUAAUUAUGUUAGUGAUGUAUGAAAAAAAGAGAUGAUAUAUAUCAGGUACUCUUUGUGUACAGAUUACCAAAAACAUUGGAGUGACAAUUUAUAAUGUAGCACUUGGAUCAAGAAAGUCUUUGUCUUGAUUUGUCUCAGAAUUGCAUGGAAAAGGCAUUUACACGCAAAAUCCUGAACAAAAAGAAAUGGUAUCGAAGGGAGAAAUUGUGUGAAUUUAAUACGUUUAAAUUAGAAAGCAAUCCAUCUGUCCGUAGCGUGCCGGUUAUGAAGAGGGAGAGGGCGAAAUUUGCCCAAAAAUGUAAAUGACUCUUGUUUAAGAAAAAAAAAAAAAAGAAAAAAAUGAUUUAAUGAUGAUGCGUCUUGUUUUGGUUGAGAUGAUUUCAUACUUAAUAAUAGUUUGGUUUGCAAUUUCAAUGUCUCAUUUAGUUUUGUAGAAGCUAUAUUGACUCAUACUUCUGUGUGACAUGUUGACAGGAUGAAACUUUAUUCUUUGACAGUUAGGUGCCCGUCUCGCUCCACACAUUCAAAGACAUUUUAAAGUGCCCGUUUGUGGAAAGUUAGCAGGAGUUUGCUUCUGUCGUCUGUUUUAAUGAAGCCGCUCGCCGCUGUAGUGGGAUGUGUAUAGUGGACAGUUUCCCCAGUGCUCUUAAUUGAUGACUGCAAAUCAUUGUGUUACUGAUGUACACCUUCCUUUACUUGAAUUUUUACUGUAUUUUCAAAUGCAUCUAUGAUUCUCUUGUAGUUGAUAGAUCCAUCUUUGGAAAAAGGGAUUUUGUUUGUUGUUAUUACUCUGGUUUACAGGUUGAAAUUCCAUGUUGUACAUUUUGUUUGGUCUCACUAUUUACCAUAUUACCAAACUGAUUAUUUUUCUAACUUCUCAUUACUUUUUAAAGUGAUGUCUCCUACCUUUGCUGCCUUUCCAAACAUUUUGAGAGUUCCUUCAUCAGAAAUCAAUCUCCUAUCUUUUUGACUGUUUCAUACUGUAUUUAAUAGCCUAUUUAUUUUUUACUUUUAUUUAUUUAUGCUGUAAAACACUGAGCUGGGAUUAUAAUUGAAGGUUGUGCUCUCAUUCUCAAUAAUAAUGAAAAAAAUUCACUGCAUUUGUGGAGCAAUAAAGUCUUAAGUUUAAUUUUGCAAAGCCUGCUGUAUGAUUGACACAAAACAGAGCAGAGGAAUGCUUUAUUUGUUUUAAACUUUGCCAGGAUGUUUAUACUUCCACCUGGAUAUCCUCCUAAUGCUGCUGGGUGCUUUAAUUCCAGGGUGUGAACCUGUAAUAAACAUGCGAGUGCUUCAUUACCGGCAGGAGGAGACUGGGGUCCAGCAGUGGUGGGAUG